AUGGCGUCGUCCAACAAGGUCUGCGCCGCGGCCCUCCUCCUGCUGCUGGCCACCGUCGUCGCCACGGAGACCGACGCGGCGAAGGACAUCAUCGCGUCGGAGCCCACCGUCACCCCGUGGCCGGCGGAGGUGGACGUGUCGGCGACGUGCAUGGGGUCGCUGCUGGCGCUGAGCCCGUGCCUGCCCUUCUUCAGGGACGCGGGCACGUCGGAGGCGCCGGCGGGGUGCUGCGAGGGCCUGGGCGGCAUCGUCCAAGACCAGCCGGCGUGCCUGUGCCACAUCUUCAACCGCACCCUGGAGCGGGCCAUCGGCGUCGACAUCCCCGUCGACCGCGCGCUCGGCCUCCUCAGCAACGUCUGCGGCCUCACACCGCCGGAGGACCUCAUGACCAGCUGCGACGGCGUCGCCGUGCCGCCGCUGUACAUGUGCCCGGCGCCGUCGGCCUGA